AUGGAUCCAAAUAUCAUGCUGAUGGUCAUUAUGAAGUAUCUGAAACAAGCAAGAGAUGAACCGAUACGAUACGCUGAGAUAACUAUGCAAAAAGUAAUUCGUCUAUUUUAUUUGUACAUGCGUUACAAGGAAUUGCAAGAUGACAGAAAGAACCGUGAAAUGUGGGUACGGCCUAUUUUUAUGGAGAGGAGAAGACUUCUGCAAGGUGACAGCGACAAUCUAAUUGUGGAGAUGCGAUUGGAGGAUCCGAAUAAGUACUUCAACUACCUCAGAAUGUCAGCUGUAAUCUUCAACGAGUUGCUCAAUAUUGUCGGACCUUUGAUCGAAAAGGAAAAUGUAGUUCGGAAACCGAUACCGGCCAGAACGAGAUUAGAAGUGACUAUACGAUGGUUGGCAUCUGGUGACAGCAUGACAUCGUUAUCGUAUGCUUAUCGCAUUGCCCAAUGUACGCUAUCACGAAUAAUUCCGGAAACUUGUGAAGCAAUUUGGCUCGCCCUAAAGGAAAAGUUUAUGAUUGAUCCAACCGAAGACAAUUGGAGAACAAUAGCAGAAGACUUUGCGACAACAUGCCAAUUUCCAAACUGCAUAGGCGCUAUCGAUGGAAAGCAUGUCGUAAUUCAGGCACCGCCUCGUAGUGGUUCCUGCUACUACAACUACAAAGGAAACCAUAGCAUAAACCUGCUCGCAACAAAUGCUCUCCAUAUCCCUCCACCUACGCGUCUGAAUAAUAUGGAUUUCGAGUUUCCAAACAUUCUAUUAGGAGAUGAGGCAUUCUCCCUGAGCACACAUAUGAUGCGACCAUACCCUCGGAGUCAACGGCUGAAUAUCAGCCGAAAAAUUUUCAACUAUCGCCUGAGUCGAGCAAGGAGAACGGUUGAAUGUGCUUUCGGGAUUUUGGUUGCAAGAUGGAGAAUAUAUCGUCAACCUAUUCUUGCAUGCACAUCUACUGCUGUAAAAGCAGUACAGGCCACGGUUAUCUUGCAUAAUUUUAUUAUUAAUCAAGAAUUAGACUUACCACUUGCAGAAAGACAGUACUGUAAUAUACAAGAAGAGCGCAACCUCUCGGCUACUAAUGAACUUACAGACAUACGUAAUAGCAGUUCGCGAAAGUCUAAAGCACUGAAGAUUCGAGAUAACUUUGCUCACUAUUUCGAGCAUGUAAAUCCUCUACCGUGGCAGUGGGACAAAGUUUUAACUAACAACUUUUGA